AUGGAAGAAGUAGAAAAGAAAGAAGAGCAUGGAAAGAUAGAGGCCAAUACUGACAAGCGAAAGGAGGAUGGCUUGGAUAGUGUGAGGAAAGAGGAACCAUCCGAUAGUGGCAAGAAGGAGGCUGAAACAAAGAAGACGCAUCAAAGCCCAUUUCUGACCAAUGGUGUGCCUCGAAAAGAUGAGGCCAAGGGAGGGGAGGAAAAGGAGCAGAUUGACGUGACAGAAGUUGUUGAGAAACAGAGGAAGCAUCUUGAGGAGAACCAGAACGACGAGGUUCUAUUUAAGGCCAGGUGUAAGCUUUAUUACUUUUCUGAGGAGACUAAAGCCCUUGAGGAACGGGCUGAGGGAACCAUGAUUAUCGGAAUGCAUUCAAAGAGUAAUCUUGUGAAGAUAACAGUAUUUAGGGACCAAAUUGGCAGGCUUGGAUGCAACCACUUCAUCAAUCCAAGGUUCAAAGCACAGCCUCAUGGAAAGGUUAGCAAUGGAUGGAUGUGGAUGUCUACUGAGGAUACCGUUGAAGUGGAUGCGCAGAGGAAGAAGAUACAAUUGUUUGUGGUGAAGUUUUAUUCAGAAGAAGACUAUCGAAAGUUUGGGGAAGAAUAUGAUUUAGGAAGAAUUCAUAAUGAAAAAUCUCUCAAGACAAAGGUGAAUAAAGAAUGA